AUGUCCAAUCCAUUUUGGCUGAGUGUUCCACUACUAUUUAUAAUACUAAGUAAUUGUGAUUCAGGUGCAUCGUGCGAGGGCAAAUGCGGGCAAACGUUGAGCGAGUGCUCGUGCCGGCCGACCUGCGCUUCCCUGGAGACUUGCUGCUCCGACUACAAGGAAUUCUGUGUAGAAUUCUCCCCACAUUCGGGAUCCAUUUUGGGUGGCACCAAUUUUCUCAUCCUCCACUCCACGUUCAACAAAAGCGCCCACAUUGUGUGCAAAUUUAAUGACGACAUUGCUACGACGGGCUACGUGGACGAAAGCCAGCGAGGCCACUGCAUCUCUCCCCUCUUGUAUCAAACUGGUUGGGUUUCUGUGCAAAUCUCCUCCGAUGGCAUCGUUUUUAACAGACACGGAUCGUGGCUGUCAGUGCAUACAGGCAAGCUGAACUCCAAAUUCAAGGCGGUUUUGGUGAACUCCACCAAGUGGCAGUACUACGGCACACCUCAGGUGGGCGGAACUCUGGAGAUGACCUGGAACGCCUCCCAGGUCCGAGCCCAGACAGUCAACAUCGAACUGUGGGGCUACAGGGAAACGGGAAAUCCAUAUUCAGAUGGCUGGCGUGCCGAGUGGAAGUAUCUUUACUCUCUGGCUAAGGGAAGCGCAAACAACGGCAGCUUUGCUUUCGUCCCUCGACCUUCUGCUGAGUUUUCCGACUGGGAGCUUGGAGCGAUCCGGGUCAGCUCCUCUACCAACCAGGACGGAUUGCAAAACGUGGAAGCUGCGUGGAGCGAGGAUCACGCCCUGGCCUGGCACCUGGAGCAAAAGUUCCGUGACGAUUCUCAGGCUUGGGCUCUGGACAAGUGUUUAGCGUGGGACCAGCUUGAAAUGCAGCUUCCCAACUUCCUGGACGAGAUCAUUGACUGCCCUUGCACCCUCGCGCAGGCCCGAGCCGACACGGGAAGAUUCCAUACAGAUUACGGCUGUGAUAUGGAGAAAGGGAGCGUGUGCACAUACCACCCGGGUAGCAUUCACUGUGUGCGGGCUAUACAAGCCAGUCCCAGGUAUGGAGCAGGUCAGCAGUGUUGCUAUGACAGCAGCGGUGCACAAGUCCUGACAGCUGACUCAAUCGGUGGGAGCACGCCAGACCGUGCCCACGACUGGGGUUCGCCCCCUUACGUGCACCCUCCUCGGGUCCCGGGUCAGUCGCACUGGGUCUACGACGUUCUCAGCUUCUACUACUGCUGCCUCUGGUCGGACAACUGUCACUAUUACUUCAAACACAGACCCUCCAGCGACUGUCGGCGGUACCGUCCACCAAGCUCAGCCGUGGUGUUUGGAGACCCUCAUUUCAUAACAUUCGACGGCGUCGGCUACUCCUUCAACGGCAAAGGGGAGUACAUUUUGCUGACGUCUCCCGCCAAACAGUUGACAAUCCAAGGCAGAACCGAGCCGGUCCACAAUUCAGGAAAGGCCUGCAAGCUGUCAUCAGUGGCCAUGCGAGAAGCGUCCUCCGACGUUAUGGAAGUACGACUGGUCGCCGGUGAUGCCGACCUGCAAGUCCUGCAAAACCAAAAGCGACUCGUGUUCACUGAGCAAAGCUGGAUGGACUUGAACGGCGUGUUUGUGUUUUCCCCUUCCGCCGCCAACGUGACGGUGAUGUUCCCUAGUGGCGCCGGUGUGGAAGUGCGUCUCCGGGAGGGAACUGUGACAGCCACGGUACUUCUCCCAGAAGAAUUCCGCAACUCUACGCAGGGAUUGCUAGGGAACUGGAACGGGGUGGGCGGCGACGACCUGAUUCCCGCCCAAGGAGGGGCGGCGGCCAAUCACAGUGACGCCCAGGAGGUCUUCAACUUUGGGGCCAGCUGGGCUGUUUCCAACACUUCCACAUUGUUCACAUAUGAUUCCAAAUACCUUUUGGAUACUUAUUCCAAUUCUCCAGGUCAUGACCCCAAUUUUAUUCCAACAUUUUCAAUCCCGGAAAAUCCCGAAGACCCGCUCUACAAUAUGUCUUUGGACAUUUGCUCUGGAAAUGGCUCUCACUUCUGUAGGUAUGAUAUUUUGGUGGGUCGUAGUCCAGAGCUGGGAAAAGCUUCCAAAGUCUCUUUCCAGAGUCACGUUUCUCUGGUACAGAACCUAAAGCCUGUUGUUACCUGCGGUUGGCUGGCGCCACCGACCAAUGGCGAAAAAGACGGUACCACGUACUUGCAGGGAGCCACGGUACGACUGGUGUGCAACGAGGGCUUCGCCAGGCAAGGCGAGGCUGAACGCACCUGCCAAGCAGACGGCACUUGGUCGGGAGCCGGCACCGUCUGCGUCCAAUGCACUUCAAGACACACAUCCGAGCUUCCGAGCGGCGUCAAAUCGGGACGCUUGGGCAUCAUGUUCGGACUCGCAUCUCCUCACCGGGCCGCCGCCGUCACCCAGCCGAGCACGGCGACCGUCGCCCGGGGAAAGCCUUCUCGCUCUCUGCGGUGCUUUGUUUCGCGCUCAUUCGCUCGAGGAUGCCCUUUCCCCGGCCAAAAAGGACUCGCAGCCCGCGUUGAGCGGAGCUGCAGGAUGCGCGUGAGGCCGGCGGCGGACGUGUGCUGCAUUCACGGACGUGGGACACAACGACAGCUGGCCCGCUGCGGGGAUCGGCCCUGUAACCACCUCGACCAGCAGAACCGCGACGGCGGCUUCUCCUCGGCUACUUCUCCCUCCUCCGCGCCGCAGGAGCAUGCUGCCGGCGUGACGAAGGGAUGA